AUGACAUCAGAUUUUCCAAAUGAAAUGUCACCAUCAAAACUUGAUACUGGUCAAGUUCGUUUAUCAACACCAUCAACAAAUCGUCGAUUUUAUAAAACUAGUCAUCAUCAACGUCAUAAUUUACAUACGAGACGAGCAGCAACAAUCGAUCCAGAAACAAAUGAAGAAAAACUUCGUAUAGUUGUACUUGGAGCUACUAAAGUUGGUAAAACAUGUUUAUGUCAACAAUUUUUACAACAAAAAUUUCUUCCGGAACAUAAAGAAACAGUUGAUGAAAUGUAUCGAAUUGAACUUUCAUUAGUUGAUCGUCGAAUAAUACUUGAAAUAUUAGAUACAGCUGGUAUUGAUGAAUUUCCUGUUAUGAGACGUAUUGCUAUAGCACAUGGUGAUGCUUUUCUUAUUAUGUAUGCUGUCAAUGAUACUUAUUCAUUUGAUAUUGCUCAACAAAUGCGUCAACUUGUUUAUGAAAUUAAAGGUGAUUCAGAAACUCCAAUACCAAUGGUAAUUGUUGCGAAUAAAUGUGAUUUAGAUAUUGAAAGACGUGAAAUAACUCGAGAUUAUGCUGAAACAAUAGUACGAGAUCAAUGGAAAUCAACAUUAAUUGAAACAACAUGUCAUGAACGAGAAUCCGUUCUUAAUACAUUUCGUGUUUUACUUCAUUUGGCCAAUGUUAAUAUGACAUUUAGUCCGGAAGUACCACGACGUUCUUCUGAUCCAAGUGUAUCGGAAAAUAGACAACAACGUACAACUAAUAAACGAAAUAGUUGUGCACAACAAUAA